UUGUAUAUCGAAUGUCUAUAGAUGAUUCUGUCGCCAUAAGUUUGAGAGCACUCGAGUUUGGAACUAUAUUUUACCCAUCCAAGCCUGAGUGAUUUGGUAAAAUCGUUUGGAAUCUGAAUGCCACACCGAUACACAGUUUCACCCCUUGGUUUACACUAAUUAAUAAGAACCUAAACUGACUUUACAAUUUAAGGUUCUUGCAACAGUUAAAUUAGUUAAAAAAAACUUAUUCAUUUUUUAUUAUAUGGAAAUUUAACACAUGUAAGAUAAAAUAUACAACUUAAACAAACUCAAUCAAAACCACACGAAGAUCUAACUAAAUUAAAAAAAAAUUCUAGUCAACUUAUUACUUAUAAUUCAAUCAUAUUAUAAUGAAAACUAUAGUCAAACCAACCUACCCAAACAUCAUCUGAAUAUACACCAAAGUACCUACAGCUAUUUCACAAGAAAGCCAGCAAAAAAAAAGAAUAGAGGCCGAAAAAAUGUGGUAAACCAACAAAAAUAGAGAAACAAAGAUAAAAGUAGAAGAUAGGCAUUGAGGUAACGUAGAGCUCAACACUCAGUUGCAUCGUUACGCAUGGGGUAAGCACGUGCCGUACACGUAGAUCACACCUCUCUCUGUUCAUAAAAAUCCCCUGUCAUAGUUCAUGAAAUCCCACAACGUAACCAUCCGAUAAAACAAGUAAGAUUAUCUGGCCACUAAAAAUGUUGUUUGGCAAGAAAAAACGCAAGAGAGUACGAUCCCCAAAGCCCACGUUUAAAGGUGUUUUGACAGCGUUUUUUGCCACCACAGCUGCAGUAUUCCUCUUGUUGCUGGCCGGUCUAUCCCUAGUCAGCACAGCCAUAGCGUUAGCCGCCUCCAUGCCGCUAUUCCUUGUAUUCAGCCCUGUUCUCGUACCAGCGGGUAUUACCGCCACCAUUCUUGCUUCAGGUUUAAUGGCUGGAGGCACCUCCGGUGUGACGGCUCUCAGCAUCUUAACUUGGCUCUACAAGCGGGAGCGUAGUCAUAUAAUACGUGAACUACAUGUGCGUGCAACGGGUUAUGUCUUACUUUACCAAAAAGCAAAACAAAACAAAAUAAACUGAUUAUGUCUUUGGAGAAAUAGUUUGGACCAAAUAAAGCAUUCAUAUAAGAUUGAUCAAUGUUCCGUUUGAACAAGUAGUUGGUAGUUUACUGGUUCAUCAGUAGAUACUCAAGAUCGUUAGUUCAACCAUACUUAAAAAGGAUGGUUUACAUUUUAAACAUAGUAUUAUCAAUAUCACACUAUAAAAUAUUAUAGACCAAACUUUCAAGAAUAACUUAUCCAUUCUUUCUAUAACUACUUGUAUUCA